UCCAGCUCAGUUCCCGGGUAAGGCCUCUUCUUCUACCACGUGGAAGUCAUAUCCAUUGGCCCAUACCUACAGUGGGGAAGGCUGAUCUUCACUUUCACGUAUUAUUAAUAAGUGAAUCGAUCAGCUGCCUUUUUUAUCUGUUCUGCACCCGAGAGGGAGGAGUAGGUGAAAGGAUCAAAGAGCCUGUUACUGUCACUGUUGGCUUGUGCAGCCAUGGAAGCUUGUUUUCUCACCUCAAGUUCCCUCACCAACGCCACUAAAGUUGCUCCGAAAACCCAAGUAAUCACUCAUCACAAGGGAUUCUCGACUCGAAUCCGCUGGAGAACCAUCAAGAGUUGCCAUGCUGAGUCCCAUUCUUCGGCCGGGGGAGACCACAGCCCAUCGAUCGAGUCCGACUGGCGGUCUUUCCGGGCAAGGUUAGUGGCUGGAGAACGGGCCUCGAGGGUCGAAGCGCCCUCCGCGCUGGUCGACCUUGACACGGCCGUGGACCAGCCCAAGCUCGUGACGAUCGGUGACAAGUGGGCGCACGAGAUCCACGAGCCCGAGAAGGGCUGCCUGCUGAUAGCCACGGAGAAGCUCGACGGGGUCCACAUCUUCGAAAGGGCGGUCAUCCUCCUCCUGUCGACCGGCCCGCUGGGGCCGUUCGGGAUCAUCCUGAACCGACCGUCCCUCAUGUCGAACAAGGAGUCCAGUUCGACAGUCCUCGACGUGGCGGGCACGUUCUCCGACCGACCGCUCUACUUUGGCGGGCCUCUCGAGGGGGAGAUAUUCCUGGUGAGCCCGGGGGGGCCCGGGGACGACGGGGUGGCAAGGAGCGGGGUGUUCGAGGAGGUGAUGGAGGGGCUCUACUAUGGGACUAAGGAGAGCGUUGGCUGUGCUGCUGAGAUGGUGAAGAGGAGCGUUGUCGGGGUCGGGGACUUCCGGUUCUUCGACGGGUCCUGCGGGUGGGAGAAGGGGCAGUUGAAUGAUGAGAUACGGGCCGGGUAUUGGGCCGUUGCUGCUUGCAGCCCAAGUGUAAUUGGGCUUGGAAGUGUCGGAAGUGUUGGGCUUUGGAAUGAGAUUCUUGGGCUCAUGGGCCCGAGAAAGGUCUGGUAAUGCCAAAAAACUGUGAUGCUUUGCCCCCUUCUUUGAUGCUUGCCAAUGGUGUAUAGUAAUAUAUAUAUAUAUUUAAUGAAAGCUAAAUUUGGAACCUCUCUCUCAUGUACGCAAACAUGUUUGGUCCGACUAAACAAAUUAAGAAGGUUAUUAUA